AUGGAAGAAAGGAAAAAUUAUCAGCAAUAUUUGAAAGAAUCACGUGAAAAGGUAAUUAAGCUGCAAGAAAAUGAAGCUGAAUUGCGAGAAAAGAUAGCUCAACUAGUUCCGAAAGAAGAGCUUAACAAUCUGAAUCAGAAAGUUGAAUCGAUUGCUUCAGAGAAAAGUGCUGUUGAGAUGACACUAAAAGAGUUGAAAGAUAAGCACGAUUCUUUGGCUAAUGAAGUAAUUAGGUUGAAUGGUGACUUGGCUAAACAAAAAGAAGAAAAAAAUCAACUUCUUGAAGAGGUUGAAAGAGUUAGACGACAAUUAUAUAAAUUUAAACCUUUGGUGGAAAAUGAACUGACUAUCAGCGAGGACGAUAAAGUACCUUUUAUUGAACUAGUUGGCGGGAAAAUAACUAUUCAUAGAGGCUAUUUACAUAAUAAAGUGAUUGUCCCACACUUCAACGAUUCAGCUUUCAUUUCUGCCCUUGGGUUCGAUGCUUAUGGUUACCUUGAUAAGAUUGGUCGACUUCUAACCACAAAUGAGGUUAGCAUGACUGCUGAAAAACCUGCUGCUUUAGACUUUCAGCCUCAUUUGAUGUUUGUAAACUCUGACAUUGUCUCUGAACAUUUCGUUGGAGAUAAAUCAGCAAGGGUUCUUCGUGUUUUGCCACUGAGAGGAGAUGAAAAGAAACAGAUAAUCCAUGAGAGAUUCAUGAAGCCACAUUACUAUCCAUUGCGAUCAAAUCGAAUGGAAGAUGUCAAUUUCAUCCUGAGUGAUGAGACUGGAGAACAGGUUAAAUUUAACUCAGGUCGUGUUUGUAUUGGCUUACAUUUGAAAAAAGUUGUAUAA